UCACUGAAAUUAUAAAUCUAAUUUAGCACAAUAUUUUUGCAUCAUAUUAAGUUUAAAUGCAGUCAGAGGAGCAUUUUUAUGGAAAUGUGACUCAUAAUUCUGCUUAUUUGAAUUCUAUUAAAUGUGCUUCAUUUCUCCAAUCAGCUGUUUAUACUCAAUAGCCAUAAAAAGCUGCAUUUCUCAGGUUCUACUGCCACACAGUGGACACUGAGCAGGAUUAUUCAGAACAAUUAUUCCACUUCAGUCACAUUUCAGGUGUUUUAUGGAAGUUUUUUGAUUGUUUAUUGUAUUUUGUUUCACAGUAAUCUUUAAAUGCAGCUUCCAGGUGUGAUUCUGAUGACUAACUGUGACAUAGCGCUGACUCAUGUGAUACUAAAACUCACUCUGCAGCUUACUGUGCAGCUUUACAUGCCACUGAGGGAUAAACCGCAGAGGGAAUGUUGAUCUUCAAGCUGUUAUUUAUACAGUCAGACUCAAAGGAAAAGAACAAGCUCAGCCCAGGAGUCUGUACAGCUUUUUAUUAUUUAUUAUCACUGUUCUGGCUCGUUCACUUCAUUUAUCUUACAGUGCUGGAUUUAGUUUUAUUGGUUUUUAUCGUUUGUGUCGGAUUUUGAAAUAAGCUCCAUAAAUAAAGCUGAUUAUUAGGAUCUGUUCAUGAUUAAAUAUGCAGAAUAUGAUGGACAUGAUGAGGGCUUUAAAGUAGGUCCUGCUUUUUUACCUGAUUAUGGUUUAAAUGUUUGUGUCCAGAUAUAGUUUUGUGUGUCUGAAUGAAUGUUGUUAUUCAUAAUAUCGUAAACCUGCCAGUGUCUCAUGUUUGUCCUUUGUGAGCUUCUAAACAUCUUUCUGUAUUUGAUAUGAGCAGAGAUUCAUCAGCUUCAGCAUGGUGAGUAUUUAUCUGGAUAACAACAGCAUCUGUGUUUGAAUCGGACAACUUUUAAAAAUACUAAAUGCUGUAAUUAACCCAUCAUUUAUUACAUUUUCCUUCUGUGUAGGAAAUUAAUAGAAAUUAUGAAGUUUUUUCCUGAAAUUCUGGUGUUAUUUUCUUGUGUUUUCUCUGUUUACAUGUUCCUUCCAUUGAAGUGAGCAACAAUUCACCGUUCAGCAUUUUACUGAUUAAGUGUUAAUAGAAAUUUAGAUGAAAACUUUUAAAAAACAAGAAUAAAUAAAUGCAAUAUUGCAACUAUAAUGCCAGACAGAAAACUUGAGAAUAACUUUAUCAUUAAAAAUUAAAAUUUUCCCUAAUUAAAAUAUAGUUUCACAUGUUAACUUUACAUGUUUAGAUCAUGUAUCGUUUUGGAUUUUAAUGUUUAAUGGAGGAUGUUUACAUGCGUAAAAAAACAAAACUGAAAUUACCCAGAAAUAUACAUGUAUAAUAGCAAAAAUAUAGGUUAGUAUUGCAGAAAAGUUUUACUAUUAGUUGAAUUUCAUUUUGGAUGCUGUUAAUUUCACAUUAAACAAUGUCUCCUGUGAGUUUGUACAUUUAACUUUACACCAAAAUGUUAUUUCUUAUGUUUAAUAUCCACCUUUAAAAUGUUUAGAUUUACCUUUAACUGUCACUAAACAAAUAAAACUUGAUUAUAGUUACAGUAAUAUUCUGUUAAAUUGAGAUCAUAUCAAUGACUAUAUCCAUAAAAAUGUUGAAUAGUUGAUAAUUUUCCUCUGUUUUUGUAUUUUAAACAACAUUUUCAUGUAUUUUAAAUGACAGACUUUUGUUGUAAUGUGAAAACUUGUUAAAGUUUCUGUUCCAUGCGGAGUGAAAUCCUGGAUCUCAUACCUGACAGAUUAAAGUCUCACGUGUUCAUUCCGUACAUGAGGCUGGAAACGUGGCCUUCAGGUCACUGGACUGUGGAUUGAGAACCGACGUGUUCCUCCUCGCUGCCAGCCGGCUUUAAUGAAAUCCUUCUUUCAGAGAGUUAGGGACUGAUGCAGGUCUGCUUCUUCUUGGUCUGAACUGAGGGUCUCCUGCAGGAUGGCGAGCUGGUGGACCUCUGAAGACGUUCUGGAUGGUCUGGACCAGGAGCAGAACUCCAUCGUGUCUCGAGUCAUUCAGGCUGUCGGGCUGUUUGGAGAUAUUCUGUCUUUAGAGGACACCAUGGAGCCGAUGCUGAGCCAGGAGGAAGGAAAAGGAGUUCAGGAAGCAGGUGUUGAAGGAGAAGAGGAGAAAGAAACAAGAACAGAAGAUGAAGAAAAACCAGACGAGAAGCGGACUGAAGGAGAAAAAGAAAGAAUUAAUGAGGAUGAAGAAGAGAAAGAAACAAAGAUACCUGAGAAUGACAAAGAGGGAGAAGAAAAAGGUGAAGAAACUGUAGGAACAGAGGUGAAAGAAGAAGAGGAGGUGGAAGGAAAAGACAAAGCAGCAACUACAGGAGGAGAAGAAGAUGAAAGGAUGGUCGAAGGCAAAGAGAAAGAGACAGAAAGACAAAGUGAAGAAGAAAAAGAGGUAAAUCAGAAAGACGAUGGAGCAGGAAAAGAGUUGCGAAGUGAGGAUGGAGGAGCAGAGAAAGAGAGGGAUGACGAAGAAGAAGGAGGAGACUAUGAGGAGGAAAAGGAUGAAAAGAAACAAGAAAAAGAAACAGAGGAAGAAGAAAGAAAUGAGGAGCUCAAGUCUUCUGAGGAAGAAAAAGAUGGAAAAGAAGAAUGUGAAGAGAAAGAUAAAGUGAUAGCAGAAGAAGAGGAGAAGAACAAAGAAGUAGAGGAAGAAAAAGAAGAAGAUGAAGAGAGAAAGCAGCCAGACAGGGAGGUGGAGGAAGAAGAGAUGGAAGAAAAGGAGGAGCUGAAGUCUCAUCAGGAUGAAGAUGAAGGAAAAGAAGAACAUGAGGAUGAGAGAGUAGAGAAAGAAGAAGAAAUAAAGAAGCAAGAUGGAGAGAGGGAGGAAGAAAAGGAGGAAAUUAAAGCAAUAGAGGAACUUAAGUCUGAUGAGCAAGAAGAUAAAUGUGAGGAGAGAGAAAAUGAGACAGAGGAAGAAGUAAACAAUGAGCUCACCUCUCAUGAGGAUAAAGAAGUAGGAAAAGAAGAACAUGAAAUGAAAGAAAAAGAGGAAGAUGAAGAAAUAAAGGAACAAGAUGGAGAGAAGGAGGAAGAAAUUAAAGGAAAAGAGGAACUUGAGUCUCAUGAGGAUGAAGAUGCAGAAAAAGAAAAACAUGAGAAAGAAGAGCUGAAAGAAUUUAAAAAGAAUAAGGAGCUUAAGACUGAUGAAGAAAAUAAUGAGAACGAAAAAGAGAGAGGAGAAGAACGAAAUGAACAUGACAGAGAGAGAGGAGAAGAAGAGGUGGAAGAAAUUAAAGGAAAAGAAGAAUGUGAAUUGAAAGAAAAAGAGACUGAGGAGGAAAUAAAGGAACAAGAUGGAGAGAAGGAAGAAGAAAAGGAUGAAGAAAUUGAAGGAAAAGAGGAACUUGAGUCUCAUGAGGAUGAAGAAGUAGAAAAAGAAGAAUGUGAGGAGAAAGAAAAAGUGACAGAACAAGAAGAAGUGGAAGAAUUUAAAGAGAAUGAGGAGCUUCAUGAGGAAAAGAAAGAGAGCAACAGAGCAGAGAAAGAAAAAGAGGAAGAAGAAGGAAGAAAUGAAGACAGAGAGACAGAAGAAGAGCUAGAUGGAACCAGAGGAAAAGAAGUGGAGACGCUGAAUGAAGCAAAGACAGAAAGAUGUGAAGAACAUCAAGAAUCAGAGAUGACAGAGGAACCAUCUGAGGAACCAGGAGACCAGUCAGACUCCCAGAGAUCUUCACCUCCACAUGACGCUGGAUUUGCCUCAACACAAGCAGACGAUGCCAAAAAGCCCAGCGAGGACAUUUAUCCCACAUGGCCGAGCAGCGACAAAGAGGACGAGGUGGCCUCUCUGAGCAGAUCUCCAGCCUGGACCCGUCUGAACGGAGCUUCAGAAGAUCAGCUUCAGACUUCGCUCUCUGCAGGUGGAUCAUCCUCCAGACUGCUCACAGAGCUGCAGGCUUCAGGUUGCAAGUCGGAGGAGAAAACUGAGACGCCAUCGAUGGAGGAGGAAAACCAAGAGUCUGGUCAAAGCCAGAUGUCAUCGAGCACAGAAAACCCAGAGAGGCCAGAGACAGAGGGAAAAGGAAAGAAAGACGAAGGAGGAGGAAACUCUCUAAAGAUGAAUGGAGAUGACAAGAAGAAAGGUCAGACGUCCAAGUACAAAACUGUGUCCUACAGGAGGAUCCGCAGAGGAAACACCCGGCAGAGGAUCGACGAGUUCGAGGCCAUGAUGAACUCAUGAUGGAGUCAUGAUGAAGUCAUGAUGGACUCAUGAUGGAGUCAUGAUGAAGUCAUGAUGGACUCAUGAUGGAGUCAUGAUGAAGUCAGGAGGAAGUCAUGAUGAAGAUGUCGAAGCACCGCUCUUAUAAGAGUUAUAAAAGAUAGAAAAAUAACAGAAAUUUUCUGAGUUCUAGGCUGGCCUACUCCACACAGGACAUUUAACGUUAUUCACACAAACACAAUGAAACUCAUUUGUAGUUAAUGUGAACUUCACAGUGUGGUAAUCACUCUUGUAUCAUAUUUAUGAUUUAAUUUAAUGACAUUAAAGAGCUCAAAGCAUCAAACAGAA